AUGCAUCCAGACCUGUCUCCUCAUCUGCACACUGAAGAAUGUAAUCUAGUUAUCAGUCUGCUCAAGAAAUGUCACAAGGAGCACAACAUUUUGAAAUUUUUCGGCCACUGCAAUGAUAUUGACCGUGAGAUGCGGAAGUGCUUAAAGAAAGAGUAUGAAGAAAACAGGGCCAGGAACCAGGCUAUACGACAGAACCUAAUUAACGCUCGCAAAAACUCAGAGAAGUGA